CCUCAACACUCUUGUCUUCUCAAACGAACAUAUCGAAAUUCCAAAAAUGCCCUCACUGUCCCUCCACCUCUGCUCCGGCACCUGCACCGGAACCACCAUCAUCCACCGGAAAGACCACCUGGGUUUCAAUCGCUCACUGGCCUUCACUUCCGGAGCACAUAGCCUCUUCACUUCUCUCUCCUUCACAUCCACCAUUUUCCCAAAACCAAGCUCCGGAAAGCUUGUCUCCCAGUAUCAGAACAAACCCAACCGUGGCAAAGAGAAAACGCCGCCGUUGAAGGGAAAGAACAAGGACAAUGUUUGGAGCGUCGACAACGAGCUCGCCACCAAGGAAAAACAGAGAGCUGCUCGUAGAGGUCAGAAAGGAAGAAGGGGCUUUGCGAGGAAGAAGAAUAGAGAUGGUGCUGGUAGAGUUGCAAUGGUCUCUGGUGCUAUGCUAAUGGAGGUCGAAACCGUUCUUCAAACUCAGGAACCUGUAAUAAAACCAGUGUGGAAUACAUUUGCUAGUAGUGUUAGUGGGAUAUGGAAAGGGGUUGGGGCAGCAUUUUCACCCAUUACAGCUGAAAUUGAACCAAUUGAAAUUGGAACUAGGAAUGAGAAUUUAUAUGAUUGCUAUACACUUUCCUGCAUUGAGGCUGUGCCAUCCUCUUCUGGAGCGACUACAUCUCAAAUUCAAAGAAAGAUCAAUUGGGUGACUUUAAAUCCUUAUGGUGAGAUACCGCAGCAUAAUGGUGGUAGUGCUGGAACUAAAGAAGGUGAGGCAUCCUCUUUGCCUACAUUUGAGUCUUUUGACUUUGAUAGAAGUGAUGUGAUGGAAGAAGAUACCAUGGGAGAUGAACCAGGUCUCGUUUUCUUUGAGGAUGGAUCUUAUUCUAGGGGUCCUGUUGAUAUCCCGGUUGGUGAACAUGAUGAUUCUAAGUAUUACCUUUCACCUACUUUCAAAUUUGAACAGUGCUUGGUUAAAGGUUGCCACAAGAGGCUUCGCAUUGUUCACACUAUAGAAUUCAGCAAUGGUGGUUCAGACAUACAGAUUAUGAGAGUUGCCAUUUAUGAAGAAAAGUGGGUCAGUCCUGCCAAUCUUCGCAAUCUCAGUGAUAUGGAUUUCGAUUUGAAGCCAUUCUCUCAGCGCAAACGAACCCAGCCAUCAGAGCUGACUGGGUCAUGGAAGGUGUUCGAGGUCAGUGCUACUCCAAUAUUUGGUGAUGAAACGGCCAACGAGCAAGAAAAUAGCUCUCCCUAUGUCUAUCUUUGCACAGAGACUCUCAAGAAGAGGAGCUUGCCUGAGAGUUCUGUUUACUUUGGAGAGGAAGAGAUGCUGGACAUGCAAGAUGUCACUAUGCUUUGGCUUCCGGGUGGUGUUACUGGCUAUGUUGAUGUAAAGAAGGAUGGCAUCCUUUGUAUUGGUUUUGGGUGGUACUCUGACGAAGGAAUCAACCUUGUUAUGGAGAGGGAUUAUGGAGUAGAUGGAAAGCUCAAGGAGGUUCGAUAUAAAUCGGAGGUAAAGAGAAGGUGGUCUGAUCCACUCCCUGUGUAGAUUUUUCCCUUGAAGAUCAAUUUUGAUGUAUUGCUUUUUUUCAUUAGUGAUUGCUUUAUAUCGCCAUCUAAUUAAGAAGCUCCAACACAGCAGUGAUUGUUUUCUUUCUGUUGCAUAGUCAAUUGAAGUUCAGCAGGGCUUUGAUGUAUAUAUUUUGAAGAUGUCAAAAUUGAGACUGUUAAAAGGAAAGAACUACUCUGGUACGAACUGAAAUGAAGUUGAAAGGCUUCUUUUAGCA